AUGGCGCGCCAGUCCCGAGCCCGCUCUACACGGGACAGGGCAUCUCGUGGCCGCCAUCUCAAUGAGAGGACACGAGACGAACGAACCCAGGAAGCGUAUAACGAGAUGCUUGCCGAGGCCGAAUCUCGAGAUCCUGCCCAGUUCCACGAAGACCGGCCGAUCAAACGACGCCGAAGGGGCGACAUGAGAGCCAUUUCCCUGGAUUCGUCACUUCCGAAGGAUCCAGAUGAGACGUCGCACAAUGAAUCUACACAGCAAAUCCAGACGGUAUAUGAUUCAGGCAGCUCAGAUGAAUCCGAUGUCGAGUGGGAAGAUGUCGACAUUCCACAACCUAUACCAGGGCCGUCCAGUGCAUCCUUGGCAGUACAGGAAAACGACGAACCUUUGGAGAUAACAUUGGGACAAGAGCCUCAGGCUAGAAAAAAAAACUAUCCCAAAGAGAAAACCCAUCACAGCGGCCGAGAAGAAAAUACGAUUGGACGUCCACAAAUCCCACCUUCUGUGCCUUUUAGGUCAUACGAAAGCAAGCCACAAUUUUCCAGAUCCACAACCUUUGUCGAUGGCCUAAACCAGGCAGCAGAUAUCUUCAGUCGAAGAUUUCGCAUCACCAAGCCAGGGUUAAAGCGCGCACACUGGGCGGAGGGCCAAGAGCAGCUUAAGCAAAAAGUGGAAUCUAUUAUGUCCAAUGCUGAGGUAUUUUUGUCAAGGGAGGAUUUUAUAUCACAGGCCAAAAUGAUGCAGGGUUCCCGGGAUUUUGGUGCACAAUUAUUCUGCGCGUUGCUGCGCUCAGCUGCCAUAGAAUCAAGGCUCGUCUGUUCACUACAGGCGCUCCCAUUCUCUGGAACGGUCAAGGACAUGACACCAUCCAAAAAAGGACUGGAAUACAUAGUUAUUUCUUCCGAUGACCAUGAAACGUCUACGGAUGAGCGGAUGAAAGCCAGUGACUCUCCAUCUGCCUCAAGAGUGCGGCGUCUUGGUCGUCCUGAAUUCAAACCGCGCUCUAUUCAGUCUCCAGCGCGUCUAGGUUCUAUCCCGACUCCUCGAGAGUCCUCUUAUCCUGUGUUUUGGGUUGAGGCAUUUAAUGAAGCCAUGCAAAAAUGGGUCUCAGUCGACCCCAUUGUGACAAAAACACUGGGAAAGCCGUUCAAGUUUGAACCACCGGCAAGUGAUCCAUAUAACAUGAUGAACUACGUGGUUGGCUUUGAAGACGAUGCUUCUGCGAGAGACAUUACGAGGCGCUAUGCGAAGGCUUUCAAUGCGAAAACGCGGAAGUUGCGAGUGGAGUCAACCCGUCAUGGAGAAAAGUGGUGGGAACAUGCAUUGAAAGCAUAUGAAAGACCUUUCUUCGAGGAUAGAGAUGAGUUGGAGAUCAGCGAGUUGACCUCGAAGUCUGCGGCUGAACCGAUGCCACGAAAUAUUCUGGAUUUUAAGGACCAUCCUGUCUACGCACUUGAACGGCACAUACGUCGUAACGAGGUGAUAUUUCCCAAGCGUGUCAUUGGACAUGUUGGCUUGAGCAAGAGUGGUGCGAACAGCGAUACCUUGGAUUCGAUAUAUCGUCGAUCUGACGUACAUACGGUACGCAGUGCAGACAAAUGGUAUCGCAUGGGAAGAGAUGUGAAAGUGGGCGAGCAACCCCUCAAGCGAGUCAAUGCAAUACGACCCAAGGGCGGGGUGACUAGCGAUGACGAGACAGACGAACCGGAGCAAACGGCACUUUAUGCAGAAUACCAAACUCACACAUACCACCCUCCACCUGUGGUCCAAGGGAGAAUACCAAAAAACAGCUAUGGCAACUUGGAUGUAUACGUUCCAAGUAUGAUCCCUCCUGGGGGAAUCCACAUCAAGCAGCCGGAAGCCGCUCGAGCCGCUCGUCUUCUCGGAAUCGACUAUGCGGAUGCUGUUACUGGUUUCGACUUCAAAGGACGUCGGGGAACAGCAGUAUUGGGGGAAUUGUGGUUGCCACCGAGUAUCAAGAAGCACUUGCAGAAGUGCUGA